UGAUGAUGAUUCAAGUCAGAUUUCUCACAGGAACAGACACUUCACUGGAAGCAGAGGCACAUCGCAGUUGGCCAGUACGGAAGGAAUAUUUAACUUAAAAAAUUGGUGGCUGUCGACUUUCGUUAAAAAAAUAUAUCAUAAUAGUAGGUAUUUAAUUUUUUUCCCCAAUUUUUCGGAGGCGAUACAACAUGUCCCGUGUUGCCAGCCUGUCCAAGCUGCGGCAGGAGAGGAUGAGGGAGAUUAACUUGAGGAAUAAAGAACGAGAGCGCAUGAGGGAGCGAGAGAAGGCGGCGCGUGAGAGGGAGGCCCGCUAUAACAACGGUCACCUCUUCACCUCCCUCACAGUGUCGGGAACAACGCUAUGCUCGGCGUGCAACAAGAGCAUCACGGCCAAGGAGGCGCUCUGCUGUCCCACAUGUAACGUGACCAUCCACAACCGCUGCAGAGACGCUUUGCCAAACUGCGCCAAAGUCAAACAGCGGCAGCAGAAGACAGCCUUAAUGCGUAAUAACUCAUCUUUGCAGAAUGUCACACUGCGUACAAGAAACCCGGUUAUGCGUGAGCGUCCCACAUCAGCUAUAUACCCUUCUGAAAGCCUUCGCCAUUCCCUUCUCGGAUCCCGCCGGGGACGCUCUGGGCUAACCCUUUCUAAAAGUGUCUCCACAAACAAUAUUGGGAAUUUGAACGACGACUCUCCUCUGGGCCUGCGGCGAAUCCUGUCCCAGUCCACUGACUCCCUCAGCUUUAGGAAUAGGACUAUGUCAGUGGAGUCCCUCAACGAUGAUGGGGACUACUACUAUACUUCCAUUCUGGAGGAGAUGGAGCUGGAGGGCGAGGACUUCAAGGCGGACUCGUGGAGCAUGGCGGUGGACACCAAUUACCUGCACGCGCAUAGCAAAAACGUCAUCAAGAGACAGGAUGUCAUUUAUGAGUUGAUUCAGACCGAGGUGCACCACAUGCGAACACUGCGUAUUAUGGAGCGGGUGUUCCGCCAGGGCCUGCUGGAGGAACUGCAGCUGGACCCGAGCACCAUCCACGCCCUGUUCCCCUGCCUGGACCAGCUGAUCAGCAUCCACUCGCACUUCCUGGUACAGCUGCUUGUACGGCGCAACUCCAGCCUGCAGCCCGAGUCCGACUGCAACUUCACCAUACACCGCCUUGGCGACAUACUGCUUGAGCAGUUCUCUGGCCAGAGUGCAGAUGACAUGCAGAAGACCUACGCCGAAUUCUGCAGUCGUCACAUGAGAGCGGUCAAGUUGUAUAAGUCGCUCUUGGGUAGAGACAAGAGAUUUCAGUGUUUCAUUCGGCGUGUAACUCGAGGUCCCUGGUUACGUUGCCAUGGCUUCCAGGAAUGCAUUUUGUUGGUGACUCAGCGCAUAUCUAAGUAUCCUGUCCUUAUUCAACGGAUUUUGGACAACACUGUCGAAGAUGAAGAAGAAGCAGCCUCCAUAGCGCAGGCUCUGUCUAUGGUCAGAGAUCUUCUUAAUUCAAUAGAUCAGCAGAUGGAGGAGCUGGAAAAGACGCAAAGAAUGCAAGAAAUCCACGCCAAGCUUGACCAGCGAGCCGAGACCAGGGUGAGAGACGGCGGACUUUUCCGACCCGCCGAGCUUCUGCGGCGCAAGCUCGUUUACGAAGGAACGCUGCUCUGGAAGACCCCAGGAUCCCGACCAAAAGAUGUUAAGGUCUUACUGAUGACGGACAUCCUGGUAUUCCUUCAGGAGAAAGACCAGAGGUACAUCUUUCCAUGCCUGGACAAGCCUCCCGUGCUGUCCCUGCAGAACCUCAUUGUUCGAGACAUAGCCAAUCAGGAGCGAGGCAUGUUCCUCAUUAACGACUGCUCGCCGCCGGAGAUGUACGAAGUGCAUGCCCUCUCCAGGGAAGACAAGAACAUGUGGAUACGGCAAAUCCAGCACACCGUCAGCAAGUGUCCAUCCCGUGAAGAGUUCCCUCUUAUAGAGACAGAACACAAGGCCCAUCUGAGGAGACUUAAAGCGGACCUUCAGCAGAAGGACCGUGAAAUGUUGGAGCUCUUGCAGGAGAGGGUGACGCUGUUUUGCGAGCUGGCCCAGGUGACCAGUUGCCAGGACGACCUGGAGCCACCUGUUACUCGUUAUUUGUUCAGAGCAGACACUCCGCAAGCGCCGCGGGCCGAGAAGUUCCUACUGGAUGCCACAGUCGAAGUGGACCAACUGAGUGAACUCCUGCUGGGCUCCAGUGUUGACGUUCCUCUCUUGUGCCAUCACAAUCACAUGGACAUGACUGACACAAGUGAUCAGGAGUUUCUCAUAAAUGGAGCUCAUGAUCUACCAGCAGCAAAAGAAGUCUGUCAGAGGCUGAUGAAUCUCAGUGUUUACCUCCAUGCACUCCAGGCCGCUGUCAUCAAGCAAGACUCCAUCUUGGAGCUGCUGCUGCAGCAGGAGGACACAGCGGCAUCUCCGGCAUCAGCGGGUUCCUGGCGGCAGAACCGCGAUGCCGGCAGUGGGUCAACCAUCGGCGAGCUGGCCCUCCUGCAGAGGCAGCACAGUCUGCUGCAGGAGGAGCUGUUGAGGCUACGCGACGCCGAGACUCGGCUUAAGGAUAGCGAGAAGGCCCGGGCCAAGCUGGAGAAGCAGGUCCGACACAUGAAGGUCUGCGGCGAGGGGGCGACCUCGCAGGAUCAAGGGGAGCCACCCGCUCAACCUGGAAGAGAGGGCUUGAGCGCAGCCCCACAGUGGGACAACCAGGUACAUCAAUCAAACACUCCUCAGAGGGGCAGCGACGAGGAGGUCAACAUGACGUCUGAUGAUGACGAUGACGUUGAAGAAGAAGAGGAGGAAGUAUCAGAAAGCUCCAGAGAUUUUCAGGAUAUACCAGAAGAGAUCUGAUCUUCCGCUAUCAAGCUAAGUGAUCCUCACGCACUCCAAUAUGAAAGCCAUGCUAGCACAAUGUGCGCACUUCUGUCUCGAAUGAAGUUCAAUUAUUUUGCUGUUUUUCUUUCUCACUUUGACUUGUGUGCAUGAUUUACUUACUGAACAAAAGGGAGGGGGGAAUGAAGUAUUGAAAUAAUUAACACUACUACAUGAAUGUGCUUCUAACAAUAAUUGUGAUCUUUUUGUGUUAUAAUUUGAAUUAUUUGCUGGAAAUCUGACCUCACCCUUCAUUCUGCUACUGAUUUUCUGUGAAUUUUGGCAUUUUUGCGCCUAAAAAAGCGACAUCAGGAACCCAUUAUACAAACAAUUUACAUACAGUAUAUAUGAUUAAAUAUGAGGUAUUUAAAAGGGCAUCAAAUAGAGAUGUAUGUGUGCUUUUGAUGGUACUGCAUGAUUCUACGCAUCUCGUCGUUCAGUGCAAUAGACUCCACUUUAGACAAUCUUUGAUUGUAUUUUCCGAAUGUAUUUUCUGCUUUGCGCUUACACUUUUCUAUCAUGAAUAUUUGGCUCAAGGUUGAAGUUUCUGGACACAAAAUGAUGAUGAUGAUUAAUAUUAUCAUGUUAAGAUGAUACUGUAUUUGUAUACUGUACUGUAUAAUCUGAAAGACUGCUUAUUUUUGGUCAAGAAAGAAAUACUGUCAAAAUAUUAGAAACAGCUUUAUGUAUUGUUUCCUCAUCAAUAAAAUUUUCAGAUACUU